AUGAACACCACUCCCUCCACCUCCACCUCCACCUCCACCUCCACCUCCACCUUCAAUGGCGUUCCAAUCCAAGUCCCACUAGAGAUCAUCACCGAAGAAGAGAUGGCUUUCCUCGAAGCCGCCCUCUCCUCUGCUCUCCCUCUCUUUCCUCCUCGCUGCUCCUCCCCCUCCUCCCUUUUCCGCGUCGCCGCCAUCGCUUCCCUCCCCUCCUCUCCCAAAUCCCAAUCUCAACCUCUCCGCUCUCCGGACAUCGAAGACUCCACACCUCCGGCGCCGGUUGGCUCUCUCCUCCACCGCUUCCGCUCCCGAAGAGCCCUCGCCGUCACGGACAUCACCGGCUCGGAGUGGUGCGAGAAACAGGUGGAGUUCGGUCUCCUCCAUGGCCGACCAAAGAGGACUGCAGCCAUGGAAGCUGGAUCCAUUCGCCAUGCUGAACUAGAAGAAGAGGUUGUAGAGAAGGUAGAGAUUCAAAUCAAGUCUAUUGAAGAAUCAUGGGCUCUAAAAUUCAUGAAUUUUAUGGUCGGCGCUAACCAAUUACUGUUUGAAGGUCUAACUCGUGAGCUUCCAGUUAUAGGAGUUGUGGAAGAUACUUGGAUGAUUGGUGUCAUUGAUGAACUUCAAAUGCCUGUUGGCGAGAGUAGCCUUAAUCCUUGUCUAGUUGAUACGAAAACUCGCUAUAGAGCAACCAUUCCUUCAGAAGCUCAAAAGAGAAAUGCAAGGCUCCAGUUGAUGUGCUAUAAGUAUUUAUGGGACAAUUUAGUUGUGAAUGACUUUCCCACUGGGCAUUUCUUUGACCAUUUUGCUUUGAAUCCUCAAUAUGUUCUAUCUGAAGAUAUCAGACAAUAUAGUUCUUCAUUAGGCUUUGAGGCAAAGACAUUUGAAGAGGUGGUAUCAUAUUUCAGAAAUACUUGUUCCAUGCUACCUCCCUCUGAUGAGCAACUGCUCUUGAGAUACGAGUUGCAAUCAGAUCAUUCAAUUUUAGAGGAAUAUAAGUUUUCUUUUGAUGCUAAUUGGUUCAAGAAUGAAAUCCAAAAGCGCCUUGAAUUCUGGCGAGGCGAGCGAGAAGCCGAAUAUGUCUCUGAUGCUGAGCGGUGGAAAUGCCGAUUCUGUAAAUUUUCUGCUUCAUGCCCUGUAACACUUGCAUCCAGCAACAAAGCAGAAUGAGAAUGCCUAUUUUCAGGAUGACACUCAGCAAACAACACAGCAACAUCGAUGUUUUGUUUUAAUUAUAGGUGAAUCAUUUGCCUCCAUUAUGUUGUAUUUGAGAUUAAACAUGGCUCUCAAUU